UGUUCUAAAGACCUGAGAGAGUAGCAGGGGCUCCUACACUUGUAGCCAGCUGGUCAGGUGGCCUAGAGACCCCAAAUUAUGGCUUGUUCUGAAAUGAGAGCAGCCUGGUUAGGUAUGUGUCCUUAAUCUGUGGAGUCUGGCCUGACUUUGAGCAGUUGGCACGAGAAGCCAUGGUCACACUACAAAAUAAAACAGCGAUUAUUUUUACGUACACACUCGCCAAACCACGGCAAAGAUGGAACAAUGCUAAUCUCUAUCUGAAUUUGAGUUAAAAUGUAGGCUUGUUUCUGAAGGAAGAUUAUAUAUCCUUCGUGUGAUCGCCAGCCUUCCCCAAAGCUCUGGCUCAGUGGUUCUCAGCUUUGGCUGCUGCACAUAGAAUCAUCCGCAGAUCUUUUCAGACUCACUCCUGGGUGGGCCCCAGGCAUCAAUAGGUAUGUCGACCGCUCCUCAGGUGACUUCCUAACGCAGCCAAAGUUCAGAAGCCCUGCGACGUCUCCAACCAGGGCCCUUGCAGCAGACCUCGGCAGGCAAGGUGGUGUGUGCUCAAGAGGAUGGGAGCCAGGAAGCUAUCGGGUUACAAGACACGUACAUCCUGGGCUCUUUUCUUCCGGGGCAAAAAUGUGCACAUACCCUGCCUCAGGCCUAGCCCCGUCCUCAGAACCAAGUCCUGCGUCUCUCUAGCCCGAAUUUCAGAACCAAAUUCCUGAACGUGGAGAAGCUGAAGCAGAAACACGCCCCUAUACAGCUCCAGAAAACUCAUGGUUCUCGGUCUUCCCGGUAGGGACAGCCCCAAGGAUCGGAAAAGACACAUCUCCCACCGGAGGACUGGAGGGACGCGACAUCACACGUGGACAGUAUUUCUAGGGUGAUCACAAGCCUCUCAGGCACCCACACCCGUCCCAUCUCCCGGCUGCGAUGACUGCACUUCCAUCCAGGUCCCACUGGCCUUAGGGUUCAGUAGCCCCUUCUCAGAAGCUCACGCCUGCCCAGAUUUUAUACAUCAUUAAAGCACGACGGCCGUCGAGACUUCUGGGAAAUGCAGUCCGUGAGAAGGCCAAGCAUUGAUUGGACGCGCAAGCGUCAGAUACCUUUGCGCAGGCGCGUAGCUUUUCCGACCUGCAGAGGCGCGGUCUUCCUGGGUCCUGGGCUCUCUGUGCCAGAGCCUCAUCAGGACUCUGCCCUUUGCUACCAGGAGAGCACGCAGGAGGGGAUGGCUGCUGCGGCCCCAACCGCUGGGUGCCAGAGCAUAGUGACGUUCGCAGAUGUGGCCGUGAUCUUCACAGAUGAAGAGUGGAGGCAUCUGGUCCCCAUUCAGAGGGACCUCUACAAGGAGGUGAUGCUGGAGACCUAUGAGAGCAUCGUGUUCCUGGGACUUCCCGUUCCUCAGCCUGAUGUGAUUUUCCAGUUGAACAGAGCAGAUAAGCCUUGGAUUAUUGAACUUCGUGGAUCUGAGGAGAGAGGCUGUCCAGGGGGUGCUUCUCUAGACUGGGAGACUAAGCCUGAAAUUCAAGGUGCUUCAGAAGACAAAAUAUCAGAAGGCACAUCUAGAGAAAAGCUCGGAAGAAAAAGUCCUCUGUGUUCUAAAUUUAAAGUUCGUGCCCUGGAAGGUGGGCUGGAAGCAGAGAAGGAAGGCUGUGCAGUGGAAAUUUGCAAGAAACCCUUUUCCAAGGAGGACAGCUUGUGGCAAGGGUCGACCCCUCCUAAGAAAAUUCUCACUAAGGACAGAGGCCAGGAAUGCAGCAAUUGUGGCAAGACCUUUUUUGACCACUCAUCCCUUAUCCGCCAUCAGAGGACUCACACAGGAGAGAAGCCCUAUGACUGUCAUGAGUGUGGGAAAGCCUUUUUCAACCGUUCGUCCUUAACUGUACAUCAGCGAAUUCACACUGGAGAGAAGCCCUUUAAGUGUGGCGAGUGUGGGAAAGUCUUCAGUCACAGGUGCAGUCUCAGCAGACAUCUGAUGUCACACACGGGGGAAAGCCCAUACGAGUGCAGUGUGUGUGGAAAAGCUUUUUUCGACCGUUCAUCCCUGACUGUUCAUCAGCGAAUUCACACCGGGGAGAAGCCGUUUAAAUGCAGCGAGUGUGGGAAAGCUUUCUUUGACCGUUCAUCCCUCACUCGGCAUCAGAGAAUUCAUACCGGAGAAAGCCCUUAUGAAUGCAGUCAGUGUGGGAAAGCCUUCAGCCAGAAAAGCAUUCUUACACGACACCAGCUAAUCCACACUGGCAGGAAGCCUUAUGAAUGUAACGAGUGUGGGAAAGCUUUUUAUGGUGUCUCAUCCUUAAAUAGACAUCAAAAAGCUCAUGCUGGAGAGCCUCGCUACCAGUGCAGCGAGUGUGGGAAAGCGUUUUUUGACCGCUCAUCGCUUACGCAGCAUCAGAAGAUUCACACUGGAGACAAGCCCUAUGAGUGCAGUGAGUGUGGGAAAGCCUUUAGCCAGAGAAGCCGGCUCACGCGGCAUCAAAGGGUUCACACGGGGGAGAAACCCUUUGAAUGCAGUGUGUGUGGGAAAGUUUUCAGUUCUAAGUCGUCAGUUAUUCAACAUCAGCGGCGUUAUGCCAAACAGGGAACUCUAGCCAACUGGACCAAAAGCAGCCAGCCUGGGGACCAGUUAGUCCCGUGGCGGGAGUCUCCUGUGCGGGCCGGGGAGGGAGGCGCCAUGGAGCGUGGGGGCAGAGGGUCUCUUUCUGAGGAUUCUGACCUUCCCCAUGCUGGAAACCCAAAAAAUGGUGUGACCACUGUGCUGCUGACCCCUGCAUCCCAGAAGUCGGUGCUCAUCGGGGAUAUGGCUGAAGCUCUCACCCAGUGGGGGCAGCGGCACCCUCCUCGGGGACACAUGCAGGAAAAGCAUAGGAAUCUGGUCUUGCUGGGGCUGCCGAUUUCCAAGCCUGGUGUAAUCUCUCAGGUGGAGCAUGGGGAGGAGCUGGAGAGAAAAGUCCCGAAAGCAACUAGUCCAGACUGGGAGACAAGACCAGAGAGCAAGGAGCUAACCCCAGAGCAGGAUGUUUCUGAAGAAGAGUCAACCCCUGGAAUGUUAAUAGAAAGAUUUCCAAAGGAAGGGGCCAGUGGAUGUGAGGAUUCUUUAGAGAGUGAGCAGGAAAACCAUGAGAAACAUUUAGUACAAGAAGUUGUCACUCUGAAAAAAUCUUCUGGGGAGAGAAGUUACCAGUGUGAUGAAUUUGGAAGAAAUUUUAGACGGAGGUCAUUACUUGUUCAACAACAAGGAGAGAGACUCCGUAAUUGUGAUUCAUUUAAAAAGAACCUAAAGCAGAAUUCAGAUCUAGUGAGGCAUGAGCGAAUUUGUGCCGGAGAGAAACCUUGGAAGUGUAUUGAGUGUGAAAAGGCCUUCAGUUACUACUCAGCUUUUGUCCUGCAUCAGAGGAUUCAUACAGGAGAGAAGCCCUAUGAGUGUCACGAGUGUGGCAAAGCCUUCAGCCAGAGCAUACACUUGACUCUGCACCAGAGGAUUCACACCGGAGAGAAACCCUACAAGUGUCACGAGUGUGAGAGAGCCUUCAGCCACCGCUCGGCCCUUAUUCGGCAUCACAUAAUUCACACUGGAGAGAAACCCUAUGAAUGCAGUGAGUGCGGUAAGGCCUUCAACCAGAGCUCAUACCUCACUCAACACCAGCGAAUUCAUACUGGAGAGAAACCUUACGAGUGUCCCGAAUGUGGGAAGGCCUUCAGCCAGAGCACUUUCCUUACCCAGCACCAGGUCAUUCAUACUGGAGAGAAACCCUACAAGUGUAACGAAUGUGGGAAAGCUUUUAGUGAUCGAUCAGGCCUCAUCCAGCACCAGAGAACUCACACUGGGGAGAGGCCCUAUGAGUGCACCGAGUGUGGGAAAGCCUUUGGCUACUGCUCGGCCCUGACUCAGCACCAAAGAACUCACACGGGGGAGAAGCCCUAUCAAUGCAGUGACUGUGCCAAAGCCUUCAGUGACCGUUCAGCCCUUAUCCGCCAUCAAAGGACACACACUGGAGAGAAGCCUUACAAGUGUGGGGAGUGUGGGAAAGCCUUCAGCCAGAGCUCAUCCCUCACAAAGCACCAAAAAACUCACACUGUAGGGAAGCCUUACAUGUGUGAGGAAUGUGGGAAAGCCUUCAGCCAGAACUCGUCCCUUUCUCACCACCAGAAAACUCACACUGGAGGGAAGCCUUACAUGUGUGAGGAGUGUGGGAAAGCCUUCAGCCAGAGCUCAUCCCUCACAAAGCACCAGAAAACUCACGCUAGAGGGAAAGCCAAAGAAUAUGGAAAAGCUUUUAGUGAGCGUUCAGCCUUUGGCCAACAAAAGAGAAUCCAUACUGGAUAAAGACUGUAAAUAUGGUACAUUCAGAACAUAUUUAUGGAACAUUUACUACUUAUGCUGUGAGGGCUACAAAGAAAUUUAAGACUGUUACAAAAAAGGUGUUCAUGAGAAGUCUUUGUUGAUAUGGGACAGAGCUUACUUAGAAUGUGAAAGAAGGGUUUUACAUUCUUUGAAUUGUCCUGAUGGAUGGAGGACAUUAUGAAUUUCCCAGGAGAUAAAGGAAAAUGAUUUCCAACACCCUAAUGUGUAUGUAAGCUACCAAAUCCUUGAGAGACAAAUACGGUAUGCCAUAGCAGAAAGAGGGCAUCUCGAUUGGGCUAGGCAGCCUCAUCAUUCCAAGAGGAUGGGAUUUAAAAGAGAUCAGUGGUUUUUUAGGGGAAUUUCAGGGAUGCAAAUAAGAGAUUGAGAAUUCAUGAUGACCUUGCCAGGGUCAGGAGUGGCGGAGAAAGGGAAGUUGCCUUUAGUCUUGAGCACAAGGCCAUGAAGGAGGUAGAUGGAAAGGAUGGAAAGAGAGCUAGGGGAACAAACUCAAGAGAUGGCGAUUGAGGCAACUGCUCCAGGGAGUCUUCAGACCCAAGAAAAGUAGAGACUUAACGAGUUGGUCAGUUGCAAAGUUUCCACGAGGGCAGAUUUCCUCGAAGCCAGGGAAUGUUGGCCUGGCAGUUCGCAUCUGCACUUCGUGCCUUUGAGACCUUGCUUACUGAGAUAUCUCCUACUGGGAAUCAUGUGGCCUCCCAGGGUCAGACUUGCAGCCUGUAAAGGGGGAGUUCAGAGGGACUUUUGACGUUUUUCAUCUGUUUUAGUUACCCAACAGUGCACGUAUUUAUGAAGACUUUCUUCUGUUGUAUGUAGUUUGUACCUUAGACUUUUUUAUACCGUAGUAACAUUUAGUGGUAGACCUGAACUGACACUGCAUAGUAGGUUGUAGAAAAUGAAAAGACCUUAAAUACAUGCUUUUCACCAUUUUACUCUUGGGUAGGAGCAGAUGACAUCUUUGUAUAUGUAUAUUCUUUUCAGUGAAACUUUUAAGGUUAUUUUGGGAACAAAAUAACCUGUGCUCUGUGUUGAGAGUCCACGUUUGACUAAGAUGUGUCUUUGUGUGGAUUUCUUUAAAUUUAUUCUGUUUGCUUAGCUUUUUGAAACCAUCAAUUUAUGCCUUUUGCCAAA